UUCAAUCCACAACUUGGCAUCACAAACACUGAACUUUUGACGCAGACCAAUGGAGGAAGCCAAGUGGUACUCCAUGCCUCUCAUCAUAUUCUCUCUCCUCCUACUCUUCUUCCUCUUGAAGCUAUUGACAUCAAAACAAGAGAGAUACAAGAAUCUACCACCAAGUCCACCUGGGCUUCCCAUCAUAGGCCAUCUUCAUCUACUGAAAGAGCCACUGCACCAAACUCUUCAAGCUUUUUCAUACAAGUAUGGGCCCAUCCUCCUCCUCCGGUUGGGACCCAAAAAGGUGGUGGUCGUCACCUCUCCUUCCGCCGUUGAAGAAUGUUUCACGAAAAACGAUGUGGUAUUCGCCAACCGGCCCCGGAGCCUCGCCGGAAAACACCUCAACUACAACAACACCAAUAUGGGUGUAGCUCCAUAUGGUGAACUUUGGCGCAAUCUCAGGCGUAUUACGACCUUGGAGAUGUUGUCGACUACUCGCCUAGAUAAGACAUCUAGUAUACGAGGAGAGGAAGUGAAGUUUUUGAUGAAUCAACUCAUGAAGAAUUGUGGUAGUGGUGGGUAUAGUAAGGUGGACUUGAACUCCAAGUUUUAUGAGCUCUCAUUUAAUGCUAUGACUAUGAUGAUGAUGGGGAAGAGGUUCUAUGGAGAAAGUGUGGAGGAUAUUGAGGAGGCCAAGAUCUUUCAGAAUCUGAUGAGAGAACAUUUUGAACUUGUCAAGAAAGCAGAUCCAGCAGAUCUUUUUCCGGUUUUGCAGUGUGUGGAUUUGUUUGGGACUCAGAAGAAAAUGAUAGCUAACGCGGAGAACAUGGACAAGUUUUUGCAGAAACUAGUCGAUGAACAUCGGACAAUCAGUGUAUCAACAAAAAUGAAGGCACUGAUCCACAAUUUGCUGUCUCUGCAAGAUACAGAACCUGAGUUCUACACCAACGAGAUUAUAUAUGGGAUUAUAAUGGUAUUGCUAAUUGCUGGGACUGAAACUUCAUCUACUACUAUGGAAUGGACGAUGUCACUACUCCUCAACCAUCCAGAUGCAAUGACAAAAGUUAAAACAGAAAUUGAUGCUCACGUUGGACAAGAUCGCCUCAUAGAUGAACAAGACUUACCCAAGCUAAAUUACCUAUCAAAUGUAAUAAAUGAAGCACUUAGAUUAUAUUCACCUGUCCCACUUCUACUUCCACAUGAAGCAUCUGAAGAUUGUACAGUGGGAGGUUAUGAUGUCCCAUGCGGCACGAUGUUGAUGGUAAAUGCAUUAGCAAUUCAUAGAGACCCCAAGAUAUGGGAAAAUCCGACAAAGUUCAUGCCAGAGAGGUUUGAAUCAGAGAGUGCUGGAGAUGGGUGUAGGUUGAUCCCCUUUGGCAGUGGGAGACGUGGUUGUCCUGGGACUAACUUGGCAAAAAGGAUUGUUGGGUUGGCACUAGGAGCUUUGAUUCAGUCAUUUGAAUGGAAGACAAUUAAUGAAGAGGAGGUGGAUAUGGCCGUAAGUUCUGGCCUCACCAUGCCCAAGUUGAAGCCUUUGGAGGCCAUUUGCAAGCGACGUCCAUCCAUGAGCAGGCAUUAUCUUAUAUGAGGUUUUUUUUUUUUCUCUGGUGGGGAUUGAAAAAAAUUGGAAAUUCACCCAUAAGUCUCGUCUUAAAAAAUAAUUAUACGAGAAAGUCUUAUGAAUUCUGUUGUAUACUAUUAAGUCUCAUUAAAUUUGAGAAGAAACUCCAUGAGGUACUACUACUAUAUUUCUUAGA